GUUGGUGGUCCUGUCUGCCUCUCUCGGGGGACGGCUCCCUCCCCCUGCUGCCUGCGCUCCAAGUUGGGUGGACACUUCUGGGGAUGACCUGGAGACCCCGCUGGCCCUGAAGACGCAGCUGCAGGCUCUAUGCGCAGGGCAGGCGGGUGCGCGGCUCGGCGGGGCGGGGAGCGCUGGCGCGGCCAGGGCGCACGGCCCCCCUCCUGGCUGGGGCUGCACGCACGGCCGCCUGGCGCCCUUCCAGCGCGGCGCACUCACGCGGGCGGCCGAGGAGGAGGCUCCAGCCUGACUGACGCCUCUGGAGCCGCUGUCUCGCUCCCGCCGCCGCCCGGCCGGCCCCUGCAGCUACCGCGCAGCCCGAGUGCGCGGGGAGCACGCGUGGCACCGCGGGGACAGGGUCAGCCGGCCCGACCAUCCAGGGGCUUUGGAGGAAGUCAGCCCAUCUCCCAAUCUGUAUCUGUCUCCACCGCUUCCAGGAGGAAAGGCAAGCUUGUUCCUAUGACAUCGGUGGACAGGUACUUGCCGCUGACGGGCCCCGGGCCCUGCAAGCCGUGAAAGGCCUCACCCUCUGUCCCACUGCAGGAGCGCGAGGUCUGCCUCCUAUGCACCCCAGCACCCCCAUCAGCUCCCUCUUCUCCUUCACCAGCCCGGCAGUGAAGAGGCUGCUGGGCUGGAAGCAGGGGGAUGAAGAGGAGAAGUGGGCGGAGAAGGCCGUGGACUCUUUGGUGAAGAAGUUAAAGAAGAAGAAGGGAGCCAUGGAUGAGCUGGAGAGGGCGCUGAGCUGCCCUGGCCAGCCUAGCAAGUGUGUCACCAUUCCCCGGUCCCUGGAUGGACGCCUACAGGUGUCCCACCGGAAGGGGCUGCCCCACGUCAUCUACUGCCGCGUGUGGCGCUGGCCAGACCUGCAAUCUCACCAUGAGCUGAAGCCGCUGGAGUGCUGUGAGUUCCCAUUCGGCUCCAAGCAGAAGGAGGUCUGCAUCAACCCAUACCAUUACCGCCGAGUGGAGACGCCAGUUCUGCCUCCAGUGCUCGUACCGAGACACAGCGAGUACAACCCCCAGCUCAGCCUCCUGGCCAAGUUCCGAAGUGCCUCCCUGCACAGCGAACCCCUCAUGCCACACAAUGCCACCUACCCAGACUCUUUCCAGCAGUCUCUCUGUCCUGCGCCACCCUCCUCGCCAGGCCACGCGUACCCGCAGUCCCCGUGCUCCACCAGCUACACUCACUCCCCAGGAAGCCCUUCUGAGUCAGACAGUCCCUAUCAACACUCAGACUUUCGACCAGUUUGCUACGAGGAACCCCAGCACUGGUGCUCUGUCGCCUACUACGAACUAAACAACCGGGUUGGAGAGACUUUCCAGGCGUCCUCCCGGAGCGUGCUCAUAGAUGGCUUCACUGACCCCUCCAAUAACAGGAAUAGGUUCUGUCUUGGGCUUCUUUCGAACGUAAACAGAAACUCAACAAUAGAGAACACCAGGAGGCACAUUGGAAAGGGCGUGCAUUUGUACUACGUCGGGGGCGAGGUAUACGCAGAGUGCGUGAGCGACAGCAGCAUCUUUGUCCAGAGCCGGAACUGCAACUAUCAGCACGGCUUUCACCCGGCCACUGUCUGCAAGAUCCCCAGCGGCUGCAGCCUCAAGGUCUUCAACAACCAGCUCUUUGCCCAGCUGCUCGCCCAGUCAGUGCACCACGGCUUUGAAGUUGUGUACGAGCUGACCAAGAUGUGCACCAUUCGGAUGAGCUUUGUGAAGGGUUGGGGAGCCGAGUAUCAUCGCCAGGAUGUCACAAGCACCCCCUGCUGGAUUGAGAUUCAUCUUCAUGGACCACUGCAGUGGCUGGACAAAGUUCUAACUCAGAUGGGCUCCCCACAUAACCCUAUUUCUUCAGUGUCUUAACAGUCAUGUCGUCAGCUACACUUCCACAGACUAGAUGCAGGCAGUGGCUUCUAUCAGUGCAACCGGCCGCAAAUGGAAGAUUUUGGAUGCAAUGUAAAUACAUACAAUGUAUAUUAUUCACACUUUUAUCACCAUUUGUUUUGUGCUAUCUAGUUAACCUGGGGCUAGUGCUGUGUGGCUGAAGAAGCAUGUUUCCCAGGCCAAUGUUACAAUUAGAAGCCAUGUCUUUUCUGAGAGGGGAAAAUGUGUAUGAAGGGCAUUAGCAGAAUCCAAGGCCCUAAUCCAAGUUAGCUUGUUGCUAUACAGAAUGUUGUGCCCCCUAACAAAAACACAAAGCUGCUUGCCUAGGGGGAAAAAAAAGAGCACUAGAGCAAAACCCAACCAAACCCACAUAGUUUCAAAGCUCUCACUUGCAAUGUGAAUGGUAAGAAAGAAAACCAAGCUUGUUCAAUGAUCUGUGAGAUAAGCCACAGAAACUUUAUCUCUGAAGCUGAAAUGUUCAUAGCUGGGUACUUUGCAAUGUCAGGUACGUUUAAACAGAUUUAAACUGUGAUUAGAAAGGGAAAAACUGUGAAGCCUAGAGUCGUGUUGCUUUGAUCUACCACUGUUUAAAAAAGAAAGAAAAAUCAAACUAAUAAGGGAAAAAAGCCUGAGAAGAGCCAUAAUUCUAAGUGGCAGGGUUAGUCUAGAAUUCAGUCCCGGGAACACAGGGGGCUCCUGCUUCCACUAUAGAAGUCAGGUUCUAGUCUUCUGGUUCCUCCUGUCUGACCUUUCAGAUGGGAUGGCUCCCUUCCCUGUGCACACUGUGUGCACGCCUCGUGCAGCGAUGAAGCUCUAGGCUAGAAGGUCGGGAAGAACAUCACCUGCCUACCUGCCCUUUUGAACACGCCCCUAUUGGAGCCUACAAGGCUCACCCAUUACCACAUCUUUCCUCCUGGUGACAUGUCUCAGUUAAUCACAGAUGAUUAAAACGACAGCAAAGACUUGGAGACAUCACGGGAUCUUAUUUAUGUAUUAGUUAACCUGGCACACGUGUUGUUUAUCACCUGCUUACAUCUGGCAGCCUCUUCUAAAGCUAUGAAAUACAUGGAUAUAGCUUCCCAAGUGAAGUGGGAAUGUUUCAUAUGCCCUACAUUUUUGAGGCAACAGUGGUAAUGAAAAAAAGAAAGCAUCUUUAAAAAUACCUUACGUAUAUAUACAUGCAUUUAUCAGUGUGCAUGUAUUUAUUAUUAAAGCUUGUUAUUUCCUCCUUUGGAUGAUAAAGGGAAAUUUCCUCUAGAUGUCAAGGUACAUGCCACUCAUUAAUCGUCCCAUUGCUUGUAAGUUUGCUUCAUGCCCUUUGAGAAGCACAUCAUUUAAGAUGGCAUUUAAGCUUUAAAGGAUAGAGCUCCCCUAGUCUGAAUUUCCUUUGUUUAAUCUAGUCCGCAUAACAAUGCACAUGCAUUUGUUUCCCAUUCAAUUUUAUUUAAGAUAGAAAAGUUCAUGUGAAAAGUCACUCAGUGUCUACUGUAUCUAUAAAACCUAUCAUAUAAAAAACCCAUCAUAUAUCAUAUAUACAGAUCAGAAAACUCAUUACAUCUCGCACUAAAACCUUGAGCCCACUUAAGAGUCUAGAAAAACCCAAGCUUGUUGAUUCCUUAAGUCGGUCUUGUGCAUUUGUGUGUACCAGGUACAGUGGCAGGUGCUGUGUAAUCAAAUGUUUAUUAGAGGCAGUCCCCACCUCCAUGGAGCUGUAAUUCUAACAGUAAACCAUCUGCACAGACCUUGGAUCUCAGAACCUUUAAAACCCACACAUGUGAAUUUCCUUCAGCUUGAAAAAUAAUGUAAUCAAGUUCUUAGUUGUUACUAUAUUGAAAUUCUCCUCAGAACAAUUAGGUUAAUUUAUGUUUGUAUAAGUACUAAUUAAGUUUUUACGCAUCUCACCUCUUUGCAUCCCUAUUUUUCUGAUAAUUCUCUCAGCCUCUUCCUUGGAAGGCCAUUCAUAUGGCAUAUCUUCUCUGAGUACCCACCCAAGGCUACAAAGCAUUUGGCCCAGGUUUAUAACAAGCCUUUUGAUCACCUCACAGGAGGCUAAGCAUCCUCUCGCAGGAUGUAGCUUUACGGAACUAUUGAGAAGCAGAAGCUUCCAGGUGAGGUGCAUGCCUUCAAUUUCAGAGCUAGGGAGGCAGAGGCAGGUGGGUCUCCAUGAUUUCAAGGCUGGCUGUGUCUACAUAAUGUGUUCCAUGACAGUGAGGGUUACAUGGGAACCCUGUCUCAAAGCAAGACAAAACAAAAGCAGAAGCCUAAAAAACAAAACAACUUGGACUUCCUUGCAGUGUUAAGAAAUUAGACAAAAUAUCUAAGUACCUGAUACCUUUGAGAAAGGAAUCAUGACAUAGGUUCAUAUGUAUCAUCAGAGAAGUUAGCAUUGAAGAGAUGUAAGCCUUCUGCUCAUGUAACAUAGUCACAUUUUAAUCAGGUUUUUUCCCCCUUGGCUGCUAAGGGAUUGAAAAAAAAAAUCAUAAUGUAAUACUUGACUUCAGAUUUCUCUGACCAGGUGGCAAUCAUCCCAUGAAACAGACAAGUAAAACUAUGCUGCACAGUAUUGUUUUACAGGAUGAAGAGGAAAGUGGGUAGGUCACAGACAUGUGGCUCUGGGCAGGGUCAUGCAAUGGAGAACUGCACCAAUCUGGCCUGCCCACAAGACCCAGGAUGUUUAUCACCAUAUACAAGUCAGUAUUUGUGUGAGUUUUAACAAAAAUAAGACAUGAUCAGUUUGUUUCAGCUAGAUGAUGUUAACACCCCUUUCAGAAUUAAGACAUCACCUAUUAACAUACACACUUCGGUGUUUUGUUAUACAGUCAGCAAAAGUAGCAAACUACUUCGCAAUUAGAAUACUUUCAUUGUCUUCUAAGGACCGAGUUAUCCCUAUAACAACAGUAGAAAUAAUAGUAGUGAAAGCAUUGUAUAAUGCCUGCUGGACCUCAAGCUUCUGCUUAACUCUGAAUAUGCUCCAGAUAUUUAGUGUAUAUAUUUAAAAGUAAAAUAUACCGUCAUUCCACAUUGUCUUACGUGCUAGGAUUCCACAGCCAAACUGUACAAGGAAGGUAACCCUCACACGUUAAGGAAAAGCUGAAAGGAAUAUAAAACAUACCAAGAGAAGCCUUUGAUUCUCAGCAGCCUAGCCUUCUGUCCGGCAAGUGACACACACUUCUAAUUCAUUAAAAGUGAAUUAAUAUGACAAUGAUACACCUUUUGGCUUUUCUUUCAAACUCUAGAAACAAUUCUGUAUGUAUGAU